AUGAAAUUCAAUCUUGCGGUGGUUUUCCUGCUAGCAACGUUGUGCGUUGCUGUAUUCGCUACACCUAUACCCGAAGCUGCUGAAGUUAAUAGUCUUCAGAAGGAAAGACAAAGAUUAAGAAAACUUAGAAGGGAUACCAAGGCUCUCAGGAAAUUGAACAAGAGAGCCGCUGCUGCUACCGAUAUCAAUGUCUUUAACCAAAAUACGCUCUCCGGUCCACCAACCCCUGUAAUCUGCAAUCAAUCAAAGCUCACAAAAUCCGAUGGAACGCAAGACAAAACCCCCGGAGCUGGUGGUCGUACUUGUUCCAGUACUCAGUUAGGAGAGAUUCCUGAUGUUACUCAAAUGACCUCGUCGAUUAUUACUAGCCCAAAGAACGGUCAAGUAAUCAAGGCCGGCCAAGUAUUCAACGUAAACGUAAAGGUUACCGGUCUUGAGACGGGUAACUUUGACAAUCCUGAUAAUCAAUACUACACGUUCGCCCAACAGUUGAACAAGCAAGGCACUAUCAAGGGUCACUCCCACAUUACCAUCCAGUCAUUGACAGGUAAUCAGCCUCCGAAUCCUCAAAUAUUCGAUUUCUUCAAGGGUUUGAAUGAACCAGCCGUCAAUGGUGUCUUAACAGUGCAAGUUAACCCGGGUCUUAAACCUGGACUGAAGAGAAUUUGCACAAUGUCUGCCAGCUUUGCCCAUACGCCUUUGAUCAUGCCCGUCGCUCAGCGCGGUUCUCAGGAUGAUUGUAUCCGUGUCUUUGUUAAGUAA